AUGGUGGUGCCGCAGUGUAUUCCUAAUGCUCCAAAGAACAAACUUACCCUGAUUUUCAACAACAAAGAAAUAGAAUUUGGAACUAAAAUUCAUCCAUUCGAAACAGUCAGCGCUUCUUACUUGGCUUAUUCUGCAAAUCCUAAUGUACUGCACACUCUCACCAUUUUUGAUCCAGACCAGCCCUUCCUCUACCUUCCAUUCGGUGGUCAAUUGCUUCAAGGUCUAAUAGUCAACAUUCCGGGGAUGGACGUACAACACGGAGACAGGCUUGGGGUGUACGUACCCCACAUCCCGCACCCUGGCUCCAGCUACCAUCGCUGCGUGUACCUCAUCUUUAAACAGUUGGAAAAGAUCAAGAUUACCGUUGACCUGAGGAUUAGCCUAUCAACGAACCUGACGCAGUUCAACGUUUACGAAUUUGCCAAGAAGUUCAAGCUCGGAGACCCCAUCGCUGGCAACUUUUUCAUUUCAAAAUUAGGAACUGGCGAGCCACGGCGAGUUGAAACACCCCAGAUCACUGGUCAUUGA